AGAACCAAGCUUGAGCCGUGGGUUUGAAUAUGCACCCAAUCUUUUCAAUUUGUCUUAACGCGCCAGAAAUCUCUCUAUCUCCCUCUCAAAUUUUUUGUUCAUAAACCAGCGAAUCGCUAUUUCGAAUCCACGAUCGCAAUCUUCUAUCAUCAUACACAUUCCAAUGGCGGAUUUCGGAGCUCCUUCCUUCUCUUUAGGGUUUGAUUUUUCAAUGGAUCCUGACUCUCUUGUAAAUCCAAGUGAACAACCUCCUCUUCAUGUUCCAGUUCAGCCAUCGACUUCCUUUUGCUCACCAAUCGAUGACGAAAUUGAUUUUGGAACUCUGGCAACGGAUGUGGGUUCUGACGUUCGUGACUCGCCUCCUCCCUUAAAGCGUCUCCGUCGUGGUUUUGCCUCCGAACGAGUUUCCACAGCUAAGAAUGAGUCUUUUGAGUUUGGAUCUAUUUUGGAUGAUGAUAUUGAAGAAUUCUCUUCCCAGGAAGAUACACCUGCAGCAAAGAGACCAUUGAGCCAACAUAACUCAGUAUGUAGCGGUUCAAAAUCUCACCUGCAUGGUGGAAGUAUUUUCAGAAGAGUAGCACCUCAACAUACACAGAAGAAGAUGAAACAGUCAUUAGAUACCCCAGUUUCUUCCUUAACUGAUAACACUAGUACGAAAACACAGUUUCCCAAAUUAACCAUUAGUCCCCUAAGAAGAUUUCAGUUGAUCUCCGAUUCUGAUUCUGACUCUGAUUCCGAUGAUACUACUAAUAGUGACGAAUGCAAAAGGAAAGAUGACAUAUCUUUGAAAUCUGUUAACGAUAAAAAAACAGCCAAGUCAUUUGGAAUUACUUCUCAGAAGGAGGACUUAUGGAAAGAUUUUGAAUUGGAGAAAAGUUUUGCAAUUCCAACUCCUGUUUUAGAUGAAGUCUGCGAGGAAUACUUCAGGUCUGUGAAGGAUAACACAGGAACAAAUAAUCUUAGAGGUUAUAAUAGAACAAAAGAAAACAGAGGCUCGUAUGGAAAUCCUUAUUCGGUUGAUGAUGACGAAUCAAAUGGCAGUUUGCUGGACCAAGCUCCACCUUCUCAUCAAUACUUUUUCAACGACGACCCGAGGAUUUGCAGCUUAGUACGAAGUCGUUUGCCCAACUUCUUUCCCUUGGAGUUGGACAAUAUAACCAGCAGGGGAAACACACAGCCUGGUUCAUCUGUUAUUGAUUACAUGAGUCAAUUCAACCAAGGUGAAAGUUCCAAGGGGAGAGGUGGUGUUAAAGCAAACAAUCAGAGUACUAACUCAACAAAGAACAAGAAGAAUUCGAAGAAGGUCACUGCUGAAGAGACACAGGAAAAUUCUAGAAGUUGGAUAAAUCCCAGAAGCACUAAUAAGGUAGCCCCUGAAAAUGCAGCAAAAAGACGGGUUCAAGCAGUUGGUCAAUCUGCUGAUCAAUCUGCUGGUCAAUCUCCUGGUUAUUGGUACACAGGUUCUUCUGGAAGGAGAGUUUAUGUCAAAGAUGGGAAAGAGCUGACUGGCAAGAUCGCCUACGGACAGUACAAAAAGGAUAAUGGAACUGGUUUCAAGUCAUCAAAAAAUAAGAAAUCUGGUGGCAGUUCCACCAAGGCCGGUCCUAAGGCAAGGUCUGGUGGAAGUUCCAAGUCUGGUCCUAAUGUAAGGCCUGGUAAGAAACCUGCAGUAAAGAAGGAGAAAGCUGCAUCAAGAAGGAAGUAAACAAAAUCAGAACUCCAUCUUCAAUGGAGUUUGUUUUCUCUUUGUGUCUUGUUCAAAUACUAUUAUUUGUCAUGAAAUGUUGCAAUAUUUCUCUGUUACAUUUCUAGCUGAAAGAAUUUAACUUUUCUUCA